AUGAUACAUGUCAAAUCGGAAGAACAACUGCCUCUCUUGGGUGUAGUUCCCACAAAUUAUCUCUUGGGUCUGAUCCCGGUGCUUCUGUAUCUGAUAUACAAGGUAGCUUUUGCGACCGAUAUCCCCCACAUCAAAGGACUCCCUGAGAUCCCGGGGGCUCUCCCGGUUGUUGGCCACCUGUUCAAGCUGGGUGACGACCAUGCGACGGUCUGCGAAGGCUGGUGGCGCCAGUAUGGCCAUUCCGUCUUCCAGAUCAAACUCGGUAACACGCGGGCAGUCGUGGUCAACUCCUUCGAGGACUGCCGCAAAAUGCUGCUCGGCCACCAAAAUGCGGUCAUCGACCGACCCAAGCUGUACACCUUCCAUGGGGUAGUUAGCAGCACACAGGGUUUCACCAUCGGGUCUUCGCCGUGGGAUGAAUCGUGUAAGAAAAAGCGCAAAGCAUCGGGAACUGCACUCGGAAGGCCCGCCCUCCGCAACUAUCACCCGAUGUUUGAUCUGGAAAGCUAUUGCAUCGUCCGAGAUAUGUACCGCGACAGCUCGAACGGAGCGCUGGAAAUCAACGUCCGGCCCUAUAUCCAACGAUAUGCCCUGAAUACCACCUUGACCCUCUGCUACGGUAUUCGCAUGGACGCCGUGUAUGAUGAUCUGCUUCGCGAAAUUCUGCAUGUCGGCUCGGCCAUUUCGUUACUUCGCAGUGCUUCCGAGAAUCUGCAGGACUAUAUUCCUGCCCUCCGAUAUCUCCCCAAUAACGAGAAAAAUGCACGAUCGAAGGAGCUGCGCGAACGACGAGACGCGUACCUCAACUUAUUGCUGGACAAAGUGCGGGCGAUGAUCAAGAAGGGCACCGACAAGCCCUGCAUCUCAGCUGCUAUACUGAAAGACGAAGAAACAAAGCUCACCGGCGUGGAAGUCUCUUCAAUCUGUUUAUCGUUGGUGUCUGGCGGAUUCGAAACGAUCCCGGGCACACUCACCUCGGCCAUUGGAUCCCUGUCCACCCCAGAAGGCCAAGUCUGGCAGGAUCGGGCAUACGAAGACAUCAAACGACACUAUCCUGAUAUCCGAGAGUCCUGGACGAGUUCGAUCAACGAGGAGAAGGUGCCGUAUGUAAAUGCGAUCAUCAAGGAGGCCGGCCGGUACUAUACAGUCAGCGCAAUGAGUCUGCCCCGCAAGACGGUCACCGAGGUCAACUGGAAUGGAGCGGUUAUCCCACCAAAGACCAUGAUCCUGAUCAACGCCCAGGCUGGGAACCAUGAUGUCGAUCAUUUCGGGGCGAGCGGCGGCCAGUUCAACCCUGAGCGAUGGCUCAAGUCACUCGAUCCGCCGGUGGAGAGUGAAGUGACGGGCCUGCCGCAUCUCAGUUUCGGUGCGGGCUCACGUGCCUGCUCCGGCCAGUACAUUGCCUCGCGCCUGCUAUACGCCGCGUUGGUCCGCCUUCUGUCGACGUACAAGAUUGUUGCGAGCGAGGAGCACCCGCCUAACACGGAUUAUGUGGACUACAACCAGUUCAAGACAGCUCUAGUUGCUAUCCCAAGAGACUUCAAAGUUCGCUUGGUCCGGCGGGAUGACGCGAUGACUAGUGAGUGUUUGAACCUGGCAGAACUCAGAACGAAGGAGCAUUACAAGGAGUAA